AUCCAUCAACAGAACAGAGGUUCGUCACAUGAUUGCAGUGAUAUGGAGGCGAAUUCCCCCAUGGCCUGAGUUCGUCCAAAGUUAAAUCGUACGAGUUGUCAUAGCGUAACAUCGAGGUUGCCAUGGAGAGAUUAGAAGCCACAUCAGAGCUCCAGUCGCGGCUGUCAUCCCUCUCCUUCUCGUCGUUUCCCGGUAUAACAUCCAAACAGUGCGACAAAAGACCGCUGGACAGGCUUCAGAAUACAGAUAUUUCACAGAGCUGUACCCAAUCCAAAAAUCAAGCUGAUAUGGAUGAAACCCAGGAAGAUUCAGGGCAACAUUCUGAGGGUAAUGAAGAGGCCCCAGCAGAGCUGGCCCUGGGGGAAGGAGGCAAGGAGAACAACAGUGCUGGGAGCUGUCAGCUCUCCACUGAGAUGAAAGCCCAAAUGCCGCCCCUGAAUCCCCCAACAACAUGGACAUCUGCUGCACUGAAGGAGCUGAAGGCAAAGCUCCGAACAGAGGACGACAGCGUGGUGACAGUGUACCGAGGCGACAUCAUGACAGUUCACGUGCCCACUGUCCCUGAGGCCAAAAAAGUGUGCUGGGAGUUUGCUACAGACGGUUAUGACAUUGGCUUUGGCAUAUAUUUUGACUGGACUCCUGUCACAAGCCGGUCUAUCACUGUGCACAUCAGUGAGUCAAGUGAUGACGAAGACGAAGAGGAGGAGCCGGAAGGGCCCGUUGGUAACGGAGAUGUUGAGAAGGGCUCCAAAACUCAAACCAACUCCAACUUGGCUGAAAUCUUACCCGUAUACCGCCAGGACAGUCACAUAUGCGUCCAGGGGGGGAGCCACGAUUUUCCAGGUGAAGGCACUUACCUCCUGAAGUUUGAUAACUCCUACUCACUAUGGCGAAAUAAAACUCUUUACUACAGAGUUUAUUACAGUGCCUGAGAUGCCAAUUUAUGAAUGUUUAAUUUACAGAAGAAUAUUACUCUUAAGAACCACAAACUAUUUUUGAUUCUAUACUUGAAAAAAGAUGGUUAUAAUAUAAAAGGUUAAAUAAAAGGCAUAUAUAUUUUUUGUCACUAUCAGCUUGUUUUGCCGCAUGUUGGAUUUACAAUCAGAUAGUUUUAAAUGCAACAUUUGCUCCAAUGUCUUGCUGAUAGUUACCUGAAGAAGCCUUGCAUAUGUGCCAUGUUCCCGUGUAUGUACUGUGCUUUUUGGUCAAGUGCCAGUCAUAAAACAUAUAUUGUCUUCAACAUUUCUAUGGUAGCAGUGAUCAGGGAACACCUGCACAGAAUAUAUUUCACCAGGCCAGGUGCUUAAUCAGCAGUGCUCUAAAGAAAUAGUUUAUUUUUUGUUGUGUGUGUGUAUGCGCGUACAUACACCUUCUAUAAUUAUGUUGCUUUGUUGUUGUUACGUGUAUUUAUUCUUUUUGCUUUGUAUCGUAACUUAUUCUUUAUCUGUGUUAAAUUUAAUCGCGUGAUAAUGGAGAAUAUAUGUAUUCCAAAUUCUGUACUGUACUGAAGCAAGUGGUAACAGUUUUCCAGAGUGUGCUUUUUAUGACACAAAUAAAGCCAUCCCUUAUCACAUAAAGGUCCUAUUACGUAAUAUAGAUUCAAUAUUUACAUUUGCCUCGGGCCCCCCCCUUUAUUUGCUGUUUUGGAUGUAGGAUGCGGUAGUAAUUUUUCAUCUAAGUGUAUUUUGUGCACAGGUCUAUGUAAGUAAAGGUUAGUGUGUUUGUUUUUGAAUAUCCCUGGCGUGCUGGUCAUACUUUGGCUUUGAUUGUGUUGCCUUGUUCCAUCCGGUUUCUAAAAUUAAUGCUUAUACCACACUCACUUGUGUACAUGUUCCCAAAGAUGUCACAGAUUUGACGGCUAACGCUGAAUACAAUUUAAAGAAACCAGUUUAAAGCUUCCCAUGUUUGCUGUACUGUACCUUUACUGUAAGUCAUGACAUUUGUUCCUGAAAUUUAUAUUCCACAAUAAAGAGAAGAUUGUCUAA